UGUGUAGGCCGGUCCCGGUGAAGCUAAAAUUUUUAGUUAGUCUGGAUUUUGCAGUUUCUUAAACAACUUUUCAGUUAUAAUAAUACCCGAUAACAAUUCUGAAAGUGUACAAUAAUGGCUGGACUAGAAUCUAUGAUUGUUGAGGAUAAAACGCAGCCUCAUAAAGCAGUCGAUCGUGAAAAGACUUGCCCAUUAUUGCUACGGGUGUUUUGCUCAACUGGUCGGCAUCAUUCGACUAGCGAGUAUAAUCACGGUAAUGUUCCUAGCAAUGAACUGCAGAUUUACACCUGGUUGGAUGCCACACUAAGAGAGUUGACGACUUUGGUGCGCGAUGUAAAUCCGGAAACUCGACGAAAAGGUACGUACUUUGAUUUCGCCAUAGUUUCGCCUGAACGUGGCUCCCAGUACCGAAUGCGCGAAAUCGGAGUUACCUGCUCUGGUCAAAAAGGUGCGGAUGACGGAAAAACAUUGUUUCAAUCUAAGUUCACUAUCGGAGAUUACAUGGAUAUCAAUAUUACCCCACCGAAUCGCAUGCCACCACCAAUGAGACGGCCACGCCAUUACUAGGGCAGGCAAAAGCCCGAUUUUCGUUGGGUCGGCGGCUCGACAGUCGGGAGAAAUAAAUAGAAUGCAUUUCUACUGGGGAAAAUUAUUCACAAUCGUGAACUUUUUUAUUAGAAAUCUUAAGUCGUACAAUUAUAAUAAAUACAGUCCUAAUGACGAAUGUAGCAGCAGCCUGACU